AUGAAAAACAAAAAUAAAUUAUCUGAAGAGAGUUCCGUAUUUAGAAAUGUUCCAACUGCUACUUAAGAAUAGAAUACAAGAAGAAAUAGUUAUUCUGUUUCCUCUAAUAACACUGUAAUCUAAUAAAUUUUCCAUUUCUACACUAAAUAAUCAUACUCUAUAGGUGUAAAUGCAACAUUCGAUAGAUAAUAUUAAGAGAGUAAUUAAUUAAAUUUAGCUAAAUUCUUUCAUUUUUGCAGAGAUUUUAACAUUAAAUACCUUAAUAAAUAAGAACUCUAAGAUCUUUUUAAGAAAUGUGCAACUAAUGGAUAAAACAUCAAUUUAUAAUAGUUUGAAUAAUUAUUUAGUUUGUUAGCAUUAUAUCGAGGAAUUGAUUUGUGUGAAUUUUAUUAAGAACUUGGUUUUGAUGUAUGGUUAAAAAAUUAAAAGAAAAUGAAAUUGCUAGGUAAACCAUUUUACAUGAAAGAUGACAGAUAAAGAUUUACUAAAGAUGAACUUCAUUAUUAAUUUAAACUAUUCCAUCCUGAUAUUAAAGAUGAAAAUCUCAUUAAAGAAAUAUUAAGACAAAGAAAAUUGAAAUCAGAAAAUAAUAAAAAUAAUGAAAGACAGAGAAAAAAUAAACAAAAGUUGCAAUUUGAACUAAAGUUUACUAGCGGGACUGAAUUGAUUGAAAAAUAUCCUGAAAAAAUUCAAUUAAUAUAAUAGCUUUAAAGGAGAAAGGUAACAUAACACGUUAGUAACUUUAAACCUUUAACUAAGCUUGCAUAUAGUCUAAAUACACCAUAAGAAUAAAAUUAAUAAAAGAAAAUUCCUAUUGUCACAUGGGAUGCCCUUAAUGCUAUUGUACCUAAUGAUGAUUUAAUAUUAAGUUUGAUUGGUCCAUAUAAAGAAGAAGAUUAAUAUUUAAAAUAACUUGAAAUAGUAAAUAAUUAAUCAAAUAAUUAAUACUCUACAUUCAUUUAGAAUAAUAGUAACCUUUCACAAAAUAUAAGAUCGAUGUCUGAUUCUAAUCCAAAUUAUAAUAGAGAUAAUAAUUAAAUUAAAUCAGAAAGAUAACAUUAAGUAAAAUUUAAUUAUCAAGAAUCCCCUAGAAUAAAUUCACAUAUAAGAUACAAAUUGUUAGAAUAAUCUCCAAAAUAAAUAGAUUUAUCAAAUAUAUCAAAUUAAUUUGAUAAAUCUCCCCAAAAAACAAAAUUAAAUAUCUCAAUACUUAAAAGAGCAAAUGAAAUUUAACAAUUAGAAGGCUUAAAAUAAAAGUAUCUAUUAGAAAAAAUUUUGAACACAUAAUUAAAGAAAGAGUAACUCAAUAAAUCAAAUGUAAUUCAAAUAUGA